CCAGGGACACAUGCUGCCUUGGGCCUGGCUGGGGCCAAAGAGACACGCUGAAGCCCUGCACCGUGGGGGGGCUGGGGCCUGGACACCCUGCUGGCCUCCCGUGGCUGGAGAAACUACACAGGCCUUUCCCUCAUUGCCGCCCCGCCUAAGCAGCUGCUCUCCCGGGUCAAGCAUCACUCAGUAACCUCCUUUGCCGUAAUAAAUCUGGGCAGAGGCAGCCUCGUCAGACAUGAGGCAGGAGCAGAAAUCCAGGCAGCACCAUUCUAGUGGAAGCCUCGGGACCUGUGGUCAGUGGCAGAAGAUGCUGGUGUCUCCCAUGGCAGAGAGGAAUAAGGAGCUGAUCCUGGAGGUACUAGCUGACUACGUGGAUAAUACAAGCCAAGCCUUUGGGCUGGAGCUGGCCUCUGGGACUGGGCAACAUGUGGUACAUUUUGCCCAAGCCCUGCCUAAUGUCACCUGGCAGCCUUCAGAAGUCAGCCCAUCUGCCCAUGAGAGCAUCUCUGCCUACAUCAGAGCCACCAAGGUGCAGAACGUGAAGACACCGCUGGCCAUUGAUGUUUCUCAGCCCUGGGACCAGUGGGCAGGCUUGAGCGAGGGCUGCUGCAAUGUCAUCGUCAUCAUCAAUCUGCUGCACUUCCUUGCCCAAGGCCUGGAGGGACUAUUCCAGGGCAUGGGCCAGCUGCUGAAGCCUGGGGGAGUGUGCCUGAUCUAUGGGCCCUUUGCCAUCAAUGGGAUCAUCAGCCCUGAAUGCAACAUCGAGCUGGAGGAAAAGCUCCAGGAGAGGAAUCCAGGCUGGGCUGUGGAGGAGCUGCGGCAGCUGGCCACCCCCAACGCGCUGCGCCUCGAGCAUAUGUGCCUGCUGGAAAUGCCAGAAUACACCGACUGCCUGAUUUUUCAGAGAAGGGAGCUGGAGAUGGCAUAGGCCCAGCGGGGCUGCAGGAUGUUUGAGCAUGGCUGCCUGAAGCCAUUGGGAUAGGGACACCCAAGAAUAAAUUGCUUUUAAAUUAAUCUGUCUCUGCCAUGGGCUGAGGGUAGCUGCUCCCUGGGGCCUGCACUGAGGCCAGCAGCCUAGGAGUAGAGAGCAGUGCAUCCAAGCCCCUGCAGACCGAGAGGCCCAGGCUGGGAUCCUCCUCUUCAGGCUGACCCUGUCUGCUCUUAUGCACAUAUGGGGGCAGGAGGAGUGGCCCUGCUGCCCUAUCCAAAGCCAGUGAACCUCGCUCUGCCAAGCCUUUGCUUGGCACCGAAGGCAUCACCACUGGAGCAUGUUACAGCCCUGCUUCACUGCCUGCCAAGUAGCCUUCCACCAAACCCCUCUGCAGUGGCCCUGCUCUUACAGGAACAGCAGCACCAGGCCCAGAGCAACAGCUCUUUAAAUACAUUUUAUUGUCACUGUUUCCAUUCUGGCUACUCCACCACUACAUAUGAGAGAUGAGUUUUCAAAAAGCAGGGAGGGCCAGGCUCCCAAGGAGGGGGUGGAGGACAUGGGCAUAGGGCAUGUGGAAGGGCCUGAGCUCCCAGGAACAUGGAAUGCAAGCACAGGGCCAGGCCUCCAUGGCAGGGCAGGGGAUCAGGGUGGAGGGUGCAAGUUGUGGUGAGGGGCUGAGGCUUCUGCUGGGGCAGAGGAGGAGCCAGCCAUAGUGCACACUGUGCAGAGAGGGAUAGUGGCAGAAGCCGAGCUUUGUGCACAGGGGCAGUUCUGCAUCAGAUCUCAUUGCCCCCUUUGUUCUAGGGUCAGGGCAGCAGCAAGUACUUGGGGCAUGAUUAAGUCUCUCGCCUGCUGCAGAGCAGGGAAGGGAGGCCCUGGCCUGUGGCGUUAUUGCUCACUCUCCUGGAGCUCUUCUCAGGCCUGGCUCCCAGUCACCAUCCUGCCCACAGAGCCCUGGGGGGAAGCCCAGCAGCCAGGCUGCAGCCUCUGCCUUGCAGAAGUCUCUUCCUGAAGGGCCAAGCGCCCAUUCAUUCUCCCUGUUGGGGCGGGGACGGGUUUCACUUCCAGCAACCAUGGUCCGUUUCAGCCAGGCGGGGACAGUGCAGGGAAAAAGCCACAGGGAGCCAGAGCAGCAGGGAGGCCCCUGCCAGGCCAGGAGGAUGCAUGCCAGCUGGUGGAGCCCCAGGGUCCCACCCUCCCCUUGAGUAGGGCCAUUCCACAGGAAGGGGGCAGGGAAGAGACAGAAAUGGCUA